GGUUAGCGGCCUCCCCAAGCAAACAGUCGCUCUAGGCGAAGACGGCCAUGGCGCGCCUCCUCCUCACUCUCCUCUUCCUCCUCCUCGCGCUGCUCCCGCCGGCCGCGAGCGUCUCCGGCUCGGAGACGCCGCAGUACACGACGGUGCACACGGAGUCCGACUUCGAGGUGCGGCACUACCGCGCCACCGUCUGGAUGUCCGCCCCCUCCGACGACAUCUCCUUCCACGUCGCGACCAAGCUCGGCUUCCACCGAUUGUUCCAGUACCUGAUGGGAGCAAACCUCAACUCCUCCAGGAUCAGGAUGACAACCCCUGUCCUAACUAGCAUCGUCCCAGGCGCAGGGCCGCUGCACUCCUCGGCCUACUUUGUGCGGCUCUACUUACCAGAAAAGUUCCAGGAUUCCCCUCCUGUGCCCCUCCCCGAGCUGAACCUCCACCCAGAUAGGUGGCCAAGCCACUGCAUUGCGGUGAGGAGCUUCUCGGGCUAUGCACGGGACAACAAUGUCGUCGAGGAAGCGGAGAAACUUGCGUUGAGCUUGAGCCAUUCGCCGUGGGCUAACUCGACGAACUACCCUAGCAAGAAUGCCUACUCAAUUGCGCAGUACAACAACCCGUUUCGCAUCAUUGGCCGUCUCAAUGAGGUAUGGUUUGAUGUUGACUGCAAGUCAGCUGGCAUUGAGGCGUACUAAAAAUGGUUUUUUACUGUGUAUCAUCACCAGAAACCAAAGUUUAAUGUGUGUCAGUACCGCAUAAGUCAUGUAUAUAUGUGUUCAUGGUGAUAAAAUCUGAUGGAAAUGCUGGUUAUUUUCGUGGUGUAUCAGUCCAUCAGCGCUGAAAUGACACAGCAGGGUGUCAAAUGUAAUGAUCCACUAUGUACUCCCAAGUUGCAAGCUUGACUGCUCGACUCAGACUGAUCUUGCA